GAUAGACGCCGCCUAAGACUAAACACUAUAUAUCCUUCAAUUUAGGCACUCUUCACUUCUUCAUCUUUUGACUGUCAUAUUGUACCUCUAUUGCUCAGGCUAAAACCAAACGAUCGUUAAAAUGUCGGAAGAAAUCCCCAAAACGCACAAGGCGUUGAUUUACGAUGAGCCCGGUAAAAUCUCCCUGAAGGUCGUCGACUUGCCGACUCCGGAGCCUGGACCCGGCGAGGUUCUCGUCAAAGUUUUGCAUUCCGGUGUCUGCCAUUCUGACCUUGGCGUUAUGACAAACCGCUGGGCAGGGCUCCCGUUCCCAACACAGGCUGGUCAAGUGGGCGGGCAUGAAGGGAGCUGUAAAGUAGUCAAGCUAGGACCAGGCACAGAGGCCAGCGGCAUCAAGAUUGGUGAUCGUGUGGGCAUCAAGUGGAUUGCCGGGACCUGUGACACUUGCCCGGCUUGCUUAGUAGGCGAAGACGGUGUAUGUUUCAAACAACGGGUGUCGGGAUUUUACACUCCCGGAACCUUCCAACAGUACCUGGUUUCCGAUGCAAGAUACGUUACGCCGAUCCCAGAGUCUUUGCCUUCAGAUAUGGCAGCUCCCUUAUUGUGCGGUGGAAUUACAGCUCUCUCUGCAAUCAAGAAGAGCGGUGCUCAAGCUGGCGACUGGGUGGCCCUUCUGGGAGCCGGAGGCGGUGUUGGUCACCUGGCUGUGCAGUUGGCAUCAAAGGCAUACGGCUUGCGAGUUAUCGGCGUCGAUGCAGGAUCGAAGAAGAACCUCGUGAUGGAAUCAGGAGCCGAGGUCUUCCUCGACCAUACCCAAUGCAAAGCCGAAGAGGAAGUGCUCAAGGCCACCGGCGGCUUGGGCGCGAAAGCCGUAAUCGUACUCACCGGAGCGAAUGCAGCUUACGCCAGCGCGAUGGGCAUGCUCAGCUUUGGCGGCACGCUGGUCGUUGUUGGUGUUCCGGAGGGUGAACUCAAGCCUAUUGCGACCGCGUUUCCGGGCAUUAUCGUAGCAAAGGCGCAGAAAAUCGUCGGUGUAGCGGUGGGCAACCGGAAGGACGCCAUCGAGACGCUGCAGUUCGCGGAGCGAGGCCUCGUGAAGACGCACUUUGAGACGUGCAAGAUGGAAGAAAUGACGUCCGUCUUCGAGAGAAUGGAGAAAGGAGAGCUCCAAGGUCGUGUUGUUCUGGACAUGAGUGCGUAAUUUGGUUCGGAUCAGAUCAAGUGUCCUUGCUUGAAGUAACAUCGUAAACCCACCAUCUGGAACAGCACAGCUUGGUCAUGUCAGCAACAUAUUUAGCUCAUUUUUGAAACCUCGAGUAAUGUGUGAAACAUUUUCCGACACCAUGAUAAUGAAUAGAAGACGAGAGAGG